AUGUACAACGCGAAUUAUCUCAGUAUACCAUUAUUGGUUGGCGCCUUUCUGGCCGGCAUAGUCCUCUAUGCCUUGGUCAACGCCUUCAAGUCUCCCCUCCGCGGCUUGCCUGGGCCUUGGUACACUCAUUUCACUCACCUCGUUCUCAAAUACCAGAUUCUCGCUGGUAAUCGCGUUCAUUACAUACACGCACUACAUCAGCGCUACGGGCCCGUCGUACGUGUUUCACCAGGCGAGGUUGCUGUCAGUGACCUCGAAGCGUUUUCAAAGAUCCACAAGAUUGGUUCUGGCUUUCUCAAGUCGGCUUGGUACGAUGCUGUAACCCCCGACCGAGAGCCAGGCAUCUUUGUCAUGAGAGAUCCUCACCAGCAUGCUGCCCGAAGACGAUUAUUUGCUCGUGCCUUUAGCGUCAGCUCGUUGUUAGCUAAUUGGGAGUCGGAAAUCCGACAAAAGACUGAGCUUGCGGUGAACAAUAUAAAGCGAGAUGCUCAAAGUACUGGGGCGGAUGUUUUCAAGUGGUGGACUCUCAUGGCGACAGAUGUGAUUGCUCAUCUUUCAUUCGGAGAGUCAUUUCGGAUGCUGGAGCUUGGCAAGCAAACUUCUUACAUCGAUGCGAUCCAGUCUGCACUUCUUAUGAGCGGCAUUCGCGCCGAACUGUCAUGGAUCUAUCCUCUCCUCCGGCGUCUGCCUUUCCAAGGCUUGAAGAAGUUACUGAAUGCCGAUAACGUCGUCCUCGAGCACGGUUCUAUCGCUGUGCGAAAUAUGCAGAGCGCUGGGGAUGGGCUUAGCAAGGCGAAUCUGUUCAGCCAAAUGCUGGCUGAAUCUGAUAGCCAGGAAAAGACGAGUCUCUCCACAUCAAGCGUGCAGCAGGAAGCGAGCAAUCUCAUUGUCGCUGGAUCAGACACUACGGCUGUGACUUUGACGUAUCUCAUCUGGGCCGUUCUCAAGCAACCCCAGCUUCAAGCUGAACUGGAGCGUGAGAUAGCAGAGCUCAGUGAUGAGCUGACCUUUGACGAGCUCAAGAGUGCUCCGCUACUCAACAGUGUGAUCGAAGAAACACUUCGUCUGUAUGGCGCGGCUCCUGGUGCUCUACCACGCGUUGUGCCGGGCAAGGGUCUUGAUGUAUGCGGGCAUUACAUCCCUCCCGGUACUGUCGUCAGCACUCAAGCGUUCACAUUGCACCGCAACGAAAACAUCUUUGAAGAUGCACAGAGGUUCAAUGGACAUCGUUUUGUGGACAAGUCCACACUGACAGCAGCACAAAAGGCUGCGUUUUCUCCAUUUGGCGCUGGGUCACGAAUCUGUAUCGGUCUACACUUGGCUUGGAUGGAGCUACGACUUGGUGCCGCGCUAUUUUUCCGUGAAUGCCGCGGCGCCACGCCAAGCCCUGAGAUGACUGAUGAAAUGAUGGAGAUGGAGAACAGAUUCUUGAUUGCGCCCAAGGGGCACAAAUGCAUUGUGAAAGUGUGA